UAACUGGUACAAUCCAAAUUCCCUCUUCUUCUGAAUCCUCUCGUCUCUCUUUCUAUCCUGUCUCUUAAUUCUCUUCUCUUCUCUUCUCUUCUCUUCCAUUCUACAGGUACGGACUCUUUCAUUCUACAGGUUACAAGCUCGUUUAUGGAGUCAAGUAGAUAGUUUUUCAUAUUUUUCGUUAUCCUUUAGUUUUCAUUAAUUGUAAUCGUCAUUCAAUAUCAUUCAAUAUAAUAUCAGAAAAUUGUCCCAAAAAUAUUGUGAUUACGCCUUUUUGGCUUUUGAGAAUGGAAAUCAUAACAAUUGGUAUCAGAGCAAUGAACCUGUCUCGACUGUGGGUAAUAACUCGAAGAAGAUGUUUGCGGAAUCUACUAUGGAUGAAUUGGUUGAACGAAAUAAUGCAAAUAGAAGGGUCCUUAUGGAUGGAAUGCCAGGAAUAGUUGUGAAUGUUACACAAUUGCAGAAGUGGUGUGAGGAUUGCGUAUAUAGUGUUGACUGCCAAUGCAACUCUUGCGUCUAUAGAUGUGUAAGGAGCAUUGACUGCCAGUGCUGUUUUUGUCUUGAUAAUUGUUCAAGGGAAAUGAGUAAAGGGGACAACCAGGAUGAAGUGGAUUUAGAUGACCACGCUAUGGUUGACCUGCUGAAGGUUGAAAAUAGCAGUAAGAUUAAUCCAGAAUACAAUGAAGGACAGGUGUUCGACGAAUGUCCUCAGAGGGUCGAAUCUGAAGUUCUACUUGAACUUCACUCCAUCCAAAAUUCAAACACCACGGAGAUUGAUAUCGUGAACUCAUAUUUGGAUUCACAACUUUAUGUCCUUGCUGUUGAGGAUACAAUACCAAAAUUGCUGGGUCUCAACGAUCUUUUCGGUGCUUAUAAUUUCACGACCCACCUUGCAUGUGCACCUUGGUCAAUUUCAAUUGAGGUAUUGAGUUUUCUAUUUAAAUGCAUGGGACAUAAGCUUGACAUGGAUCUUGGUGACGAGUUAUUCGAUAUAAAAUUGGAGAGGGAUGUUACUAACAUGUUUUGUUUGCAUAAAUCUUCUGAUAACAUCAAUCUAGUGUGGGAUACUGGAUGGCAGUUGUUUAUGCAUUUCCCUGUUAUGCAUAUUAGUUCCAUUUGUUCAGUUUCUGCCAUUUCAAUAUAUAAACAUGAUUAUAGUGGUAUAGGAUGCCUCUCCUUACAUGUAACAACAUGAUCUAGGAAGAAGAUUAUGUUACUUUGGGGCUCAAUUUUGCAAUUAACCUUGCUUCAUGACUCUAAAAAGGUAACCACAAUUGAUUUGUUUGAACACAAUUGGUUAGUUGAUGGGUGUACAAUCUGGAAAGCUUCUCAAAGAAAGGAUUCAGUCAUGGAUAGAAGUUUGUCUACUUCUAGAGCAAAGUGUUCCUUCGAAAAACCACAUAUUUGUAGACUAUGUCAUCCUUAGUUAUUCGAUUUUAUCUUUCUUGUUUCAAUGUACUCAUGUGCUCAUAACUUCUGGAGUAGACUUCAAGAUGGCAAAGCUACAUGGUUACAGAUUACUCGAAGAGAAUUACUAGUGAAUUGGUCAACCAAAACUGAAGUUAAGUUAGGGACAUUCGACACUGGGCAGGGAACUAAGGGCUCAAGACAAUGUGAAAGGAAUCUUAACCUUCUACAAUUGGAAUACUUGUUACCUUCUUGUCUUAAAACAUUUUUUCCUUUGGAUAAUGACUUUGAACUUCUUCAUCCAAGUUCUCGGGAUGCAUUGGUUAGUCGUGUUUGUUUUUCCAUUCUUCAAGAUACAAUGAUAACCGAGAUGCCUCGUAAAGUGAUUGUGUUCAUUGUUAUAUUUGUGGGGUUACUACAUCUGAGUUCAUGUUUUGAACAUGCCGCCCAGACACUACUAUUCACAAUAGGGGAACCAGAGGUGGCAGGGUGGAGAGAGCUCUUUCUCCGUUUCAGUUUAUUAGUGUUUUCAGAAGCUUCCAACUUGUCUUCUCCUUGCAAUUAUCAUUCUAUGUGGGAUGUUACAGGUGGCUUACACAAAAUGGAAUACAAUGGAAGUCCUUCGAGAAAGAUGUGUCUCUCGACUGACUUGGUAUUCCGACAGAAAUUAAAGGAUCCUCCACAUAUUGUGUUCAACAAUUUGUUUGUAGGUUUGGAUGUUACAAUAUGUUUCUCUGUUGCAAAAUGUUUUGGUUUUGGUUUUAUUGGUUACGGAAGUAGAUGCAUCUCGAACCUUUCUGUGACUGCAUCGGAUACUCAUGGAGCUAUAAGGUUACAUCAUUUGAGUUACGACUUGGAUUUAUCUUCUAAUCAAGAUGGAUGGGAGAACACAGUGCAAACAAGCUUCUUAGCGCUUGAUACUGGGUUGUGAAUGAACCAGCAGUUAGUAAUGUUUGGACAAGGGAUUUCCUUACUACAUUGGACAAAAAAUUCAUUAUUCUUUAUGUGGAAGGAGGUCAUGUUCGAUAUGUGAGUAACAAUGGGUCCUUAAAGUUCCCAUAUAACCAUGGGGGUAGCUUGCCUUGGAGAGACUCUGAUUUCUUCUCUGGCAACAAUUUUGAUCCUCCAAAAAUUAUUGCAUCUUCAUUGGUCUUUUAUAAAGUGCUUGACCCGCUUACUUCAGAGGAUAGUCAUCUGCAAAAGUAGGCUCCUAGGUUACAUGUUACUGGCUCUUUGGUCCCUAAAGAGAAGGUGAUACGCAUGAGGAAAGCUACUUAUAGUUCUCAAAUAGCAGUCAUAGAUGUUAGAAUUAUAGCCUUUUUAUGUCAUAUCUAUGCGACUUCCAUGUAUAUUCUUGAGGACUACAAGUUUCUAUUUGAUCCAAGAGGCAUUAGUGUUCCAUUUGGUGGUCCUGCACAUCAAUUACCAUUCGAAUCUGGUUGUUUCGUCGUCAAGCUAACACCCUUGAGGUCUUGGUGUUCUUCAACAAGUGGGGUGUUUUAAAUUUUAGAUUCUUUUAGCUCAUCCUUGAGGUCAAGGAUUAUUUGAAGAGGAAGGGUAUGUAAUGACCUGAGAAAUGGCAAUAAAAUGAAUGCAGCCACUCAAGUUUGAAAUUAGAAAAACAACGAGGGAAAUAACUAACACUAAAAUCAACGGCAGCGAUUAGAAUUCAGUUAAUGAGCUUCGAGGGCUCAGAUGCAGCCAGCUGGACGAGUUCUCUUAUAAAGCCUAACAAACUCGUUGGGUAGAGGAUUGUUGCAUAACUGGUAUGGAGUCUUUCAUUCUACAGGUUACAAGCUCGUUUAUGGAGUCAAGUAGAUAGUUUUUCAUAUUUUUCGUUAUCCUUUAGUUUUCAUUAGUUGUAAUCGUCUUCAAUAUCAGUCAAUAUAAUAUUAGAAAAUUGUCCCAAAAAUAUUGUGAUUACUCCUUUUUGGCUUUUGAGAAUUGAGAUCAUAACAGAAAUGCUUUUGG